AAGCACAGUAUUCUUUAAGCUCCACAAGCACGGUAAUAAUAUAUGUUACGUUUCAAUUAAAACGGAUCAAUAUGAACAAUUUAUUGGCAUUCUAUUUGAUUACAUUGGUAUUUUUGUCAACGUGUUUGGCAUCAACGAAUAUUGUUUUAUUCUUGGAUAAUGAGAACAAAUUGCAAGUGGAACAUGCAAAAAUAACCGCCAAAAAGAGCCUCCAGCUAAACUUUUAUGAAGAUUGCAUUAAUAAAGAUCUAAAUGUGUGUACAUCAAAGAAAAAAGGUAACGAACAUUAUUUGCGUUACUUUUCACAAUCAGAAAAGCCAGAAUGUAAGAAUUACGAGCAAGUAGCUCAAUCGAAGAACGAUGUCUUGCAAUUUUGUGUCGAUAUGGGAAACAGCUCUUGGUAUGGUGGUGCCGAAACGACUUUUCAACAUUGGCCACUGAAUAAACUUAAUUGGACGGAUAAUCCAUAUGUAACUAAAUCAUCGGGUGACCAAGCCGUAAUCGAAUCUUAUUUCUUCAACUCUGACGGAUAUUAUAUUCAUAUUGACGAGUCGGUUCCUCUAUUUGUAGAUAUAAAUGGUCCACGAUCGGGUAAAAUGUGUUUUACAGCCAAAGUUGUUGCUCCAUAUAGAAAAGUUAGAAACCUUAUGCAAUACCAAGUAUGCAAUUACAAAAACGCUCGAGAAGCGCACGAAAGAGCUAUUAAAGAUUUCUUAGGUAUGCCUUCAUCUAUACCCGAUCCAUACGUAAUAAAGUAUCCAAUUUGGUCCACGUGGGCAAGAUAUAAAGCUGAUGUUAACACGUCCUCUGUCCGAAAGUUUGCUCAAGAAAUAAUCGAUCAUGGAUUUCCUAGAGGUACACUUGAAAUCGAUGACAAAUGGGAGACAUGCUAUGGUAGUUCAGAAUUUGAUACAUCUAAAUUUGAGAACAUCACAAAACUCGUUAAAGAUUUAAAAUUAAAUGAUUUCAAGACUUCUUUAUGGACACAUCCUUUUGUAAAUAAAGAAUGUCCUAUUCACGAGACAGUCAAAAACAAAGGAUACUUUGUGAAUAGUACAUCAAAUACUGUGGAUUCUACUUGGUGGAAUGGUAAUGGUUCUUAUAUUGACUUUACAAAUCCCGAAGCAUCGACAUGGUGGUCUAGUGCUCUCCGUAAUUUACUUGCAAAAUCUGGUAUUGAUACAUUCAAGUUCGACGCAGGAGAAUCCAGUUGGAGUCCUCAACUUCCAGUAUUUCACGAUAGUGAUCUGACUUACUACCCGGAUAACAUCGUAAACUCAUAUAUUCAAACACUCGUGCCUUUUGGUAAUGGUAUUGAGUACAGAGUGUCCAGGAGAAGUCAAAGAUUUGGUGGUCUAUUAAGAAUGAUUGAUCGUGAAUCUCGAUGGGAUUUCCAACUAGGACUACCGACAUUAAUAACAGCUCUGUUGCAAUUGAAUAUGAUCGGAUAUCCGUUUGUUUUGCCUGAUAUGAUCGGCGGAAACGGUUACUAUAAUUCACCCCCGUCCAAAGAGAUGUAUAUUAGAUGGAUGCAAGCAAAUGUAUUCAUGCCAGUUGUACAGUUUUCGUACACACCUUGGGAUUUUGAUCAACAGACAGUAGAUAUAUGCAGAAAUGUAAUGAAUUUGCGUGCUAAUUAUACAGACACCAUUAUUGAACUGAUGAGAAGUAGUGUAGGUAAAGGUACUCCGUUAAAUCCUCCGAUUUGGUGGAUUGACCCUACAGAUCCAGUUGCACAAGCUAUUGCUGACGAAUAUCUGUUGGGUGAAAAUAUUCUUGUUGCUCCAAUAGUUGUCGAAGGGGCUAUAUACCGAGAUAUUUACUUGCCUUCCGGUUUAUGGAGAGACGAAAACCAUCCCAAUUCACAUUUAAUUACUGGUAGGAAAUGGUUGCGUAAUUACCCUGCCAAGCUUGAUGUUCUUCCGUGGUUUACUAGAGUUAAACCUGGUCACUAUACUUUUCAAUGAGUUUCUGAAAUUUAACUUUUAAUACAAUUUUGUAAAUUGUAUUUUUUGAAUGUACAAGUAAAAUUUGAAUAUAUUUUUUCAAAGCUAUUAUAAUUGUUAUAUCUUAA